UUUACCAGUUGUGGGAGAGCAAUCGGCCAGAACAGUUCGCCCAGCUUUUCAGUGAUUUUCUUUCAAGUAUGAUGUUUAUCUGAACAAGUUUUCCCAACAAGUUUUUCCCGUAAUUUUCCCGUCACUCACUGUUUCAUGGCAGCAAUGUUGACGUCGCGUGCGGGAAUGUUGAUUUGAUUAUAAUCCGCGUGUUUGUCAACCCGUUUUAUAUGGCUAGCGAAUAGCUAGCGCACCUGACCGGGGGUGGUUAUUGCUUAUGUGAUUUUAAUUCUCCCAGUCAAUGUGGUUUCUCCCUCCCUGAGGUUAUAUAUCGGUGUAAAGUACGUGUGAGCUAUAGGCCUUGGAAUUGUUUCUUUCAUUUCAUUUGAAGAGAUCCGAAUUUCCCUUGAUACCGGCAAGAUUUUAACCCGGGAGUUGUGCGAUUAAUAGUCUUAAUUAUCUACGGAUUUAGUGCAGUGCAUCCCUUUUUACCAAUUCAGUGGUGUUUGUAGUGUGGUCAAUAUCAUGUGGUGUUUCUUGCUGUAGUGUACUUUUUGUGGUUGUGGCUAUUCCGGCUUGUCUGCUCCGAGUUCCAUUUGUUGUUUCUGUUUUUGUAUUUUUUUGUAGACGGGCUAGGCAUGACCUUGUUUUCGUGUUGUGAAACUGCUCCCAGCAAUGUUUUCAAAUUCUAAGCUGCUUUAAGGGUGAUGUAGACCGGGGAUACAAACACUAUCAGGAUUUAAAGUUCUGAAACGUAAUUAAGCAGCUCCAGGUAUACAGAAUUUCAAUGAGCAUUUUUUUCAUAGUGGAAACCAGUCAUGGAAAUAGACCUCGACAAUAUUCCAAUAGCCGCACGUUUAUAAGAUAGAAGAACAGCAACCGUAACCAUUACCCAACCAAUCAACGAAAGACCUGGCUGAAUGGAGUCAACAGGAUGGUUCGAAUGGCUGGUUCAAAACUGCUCGCCAGACUUCUACUCUUGAUUUGUUCGGUCACAUUGGUGUCCUUGCUUGCAUUGACUCGAUGCGGUUUCGGAGGACUUGUUGCAGAUAACACUUUAGAACUAGAUGAAGAUGAUUCGAGUAAAAUUCCGGCUGCAUCGGCUCUCCAGCAGAGUCAGCCCCGUGGUCACUUACGUAACAUUAAUGCCGACGUCGACCAAAAAGAGUACAUCGACUUGCUGCGCCAAAGGGAGGAGGAAUAUCGUCAGGAAGUCAAUCGUUUAACAUCCGAAAUCAAGUCCUUAAAACUGCAAUUGCUUCAAAUCAAAAGUGCCAAUAGUAAUCCAUUUAUAAGUGGACAAGAUUCCGGGGCUGUUCUGCCGGUGAAUACCACCACUCCACAUCCAGUAGUGCCGUCGUCGUCUGCAGCGGCGGGCGGAACGGGAAGCGGGUCCCCGUCCUUUUACGAUUGCAGCAGCUACAUCCGAAAGCAAGUGGGCGCUGCAGAAGUGCUUCGUGGUCUUCCUUUGAAUAAUGAAUACGAACUUAUUCCUUUCAAUCACUUCACCUUUAGUCGAGUAUAUCCUAUUGAGUUAGGACUGGGCAAGCGGGUAGUGGAGAAGCCGAUCGGCUAUAAGCGCAAAGACCUGCUUGAAGCACUGAACAAAGCCCUGGAAUCGCUGAAUAAGAAUCUGACUGCAUCGGCUGCAGGUGCUGGGACGGGGACGGCCGGAAGGUACACUUUAGACGAUUUCACGGAAGGAAUUUAUCGUAACGAGCCAACGACUGGAACACAAUACGAACUGUACUUCAGAAGCAAGGAAGUCCUAAAUAAGAGCCAGGACCAGCAACAACUGCACACCUCCAACAGUCAUUUGAAUGGGAACAAUGGUGGCACCGGGACUGGCAGCUUUUAUGGCAAUAGUGUCGGUUUCACCAAAGUGGUUGUUAUGCGACCGUUUGCUCCACUACAGACCGUACAAAUGGAAGUUUUCCCGCGGAUGCACGACAAGGAGCUGAUUCAUAUCAUACUUCCUCUCUCCGGACGGACAGCAACAUUCCAGAGUUUCAUGGAUAAAUUUGUGAAAAUCGCCCUGAAAAAUGACCGGAGAGUUCAUUUGACGGUCGUCUAUUUCGGCGAGGAUGGCCUCUCGGAGGCGCGUGCAAUAAUGAGUCGUGUUCUGGGGAUGAAAAAUAGCGGCGGGAACUCGUCCAACCUGAAAUUGUUGGCUUUAAAUGAGACUUUCUCGAGAGCAAAGGGACUACGUGUUGGUGCCGAGCGAGUCUGGGAUAAGACGGAUAAGAAUCGGGACGUCCUGCUUUUUAUGUGUGAUGUUGAUAUUGUGUUCAGUGCCAAAUUUUUGGAUAGGUGUCGAUGGAAUGCUAAGCCUGGAAAGAAGGUUUACUAUCCGGUCGUGUUCAGCCUGUAUAAUCCGCAUGUUGUAUAUACGCUACAAGGAAAGGAAGUUCCGCCCGAAACAGAUCAACUUCUAAUCUCUCGGGAUACUGGAUUCUGGCGAGAUUUCGGUUACGGCAUGACAUGCCAAUACAGGUCAGAUUUCCUCAAGGUACGUGGAUUUGAUGAGGAAAUUGUUGGAUGGGGUGGCGAGGAUGUAAUGCUCUACCGGAAGUAUGUUCGCUCCAAUAUUAAAAUUAUCCGUGCAACAGAUCCAGGCAUUUUCCACAUAUGGCAUCCGAAGGUGUGCACAGGUGUAACAAGUGGACAACGUCUGACUGCUGACCAAUACCGGGCCUGUAUCAGGUCCCGGGCGUUAAAUGAGGCCUCACAUGCCCAAUUAGGAUUUCUAGCGUUUCGUGAUGAUAUUGCAGCCCAUUAUCAGGAGAAUAACAGUCACAUUCAGGUGAAUAAUAUUUUAUCCGGGUCAGGAAAAUCCAGCCACGGAGCCGGCAUGGGAGCGGUGUCAGGUGGUUCCGGGCAUCCCGGUCAUCCUGUUAAUAUUCAGGACGCAUCGAAGAAGAACGGGAACGGUCGUGAGGGAAAACAUCAUCGAAAAACGCCAGGCGGCGGUGAUACGAUUCGUAAAAAUACCUGAUCUUAUAUUGAACAUCAAGAGAGCAUUUGGAAAAUUGAAUUCUAGAUUGGAACGUGUUCGUAAGGUAUUAGAAAAUCUACAGAUACAGAUAUAUUCGACAUCUACAGAAUAUUGAACAGAACUAGUUGAUUGUUUUUAGGUUCGUUUCUGUUGAGUGUAUGAGUUCAGGAGAACUCCAAAUGACCGUGAUAUUUGAUAAAACUUUUAUUUAAUGAGAAAAAUUUGAUUUAUUGACUACUCUGAUAGGGAAUCCGUAGCGAAAGACAAAGAUUCAAUUGGGAACAUUAGUUUGCUCUAUAUCCUAAGGAUACUUGAAAUCGGAAGCUGAAAAUCCUCUCAACUGUUGUUCCUCUCGUUACAGUACUUUAUCAGCAAACAGUGAAAACAGUCUUCGGAUAUUGAUUGUAAAUAAAAAAGUAAAGUUUUCACGAGAUACCAAUAAAAAGAUGAACUUUUGUACAUAUUUUAUGUAACUAAAUCUUUAGGAACAAAAUUUAUAAAACGACGAAAUUAGCCUCGUAUAAGAUAAAUAGAAGUGAAUAUUGUUUAACUUAGAAAAAGGAACGAUCCAAAGCAAGGUUAUUCGCAAGGUGCAAGGAACGAGGAUGGGGACGAGAUAUUUCCACAUGAAUUUCGAGUGGAUUAAGAAAAAUAUUUUUAAUUGUUUAGAAUAAUCUCAAUUAAGGUAAUAUUUCUGAGAAGCCAUUAAAUAUUCGAAAUGUAGAAAACAUGGUGGAAAUGCUUCAAAUGAAGGCUAACAUCUAGGCAAAAUUAUUGUUGGGUAAGAAAAGUGAAGUGGAAAUAAAAUUAUUAU